AUGAAGGGGAGGGAAGAGGAGGCUGCAAAGAAAGGAAACACUGCUGGGCUGGGGGCUCCUGGGGAGGCAGCAGUCCAUAAGCAUUUCUCAGGCACCUGUGCUAAGGCUGAGGAUACAGAAAGAGGCAAGAGACAGUCCCGGCCCUCAAGCAGCUUACAGCCUAAUGGGAGAGGCAAGGUGCAAACAAAUACACACAAAGCAAGCUCUACAUACAGGACAAACAGGAAAACCACUUCAGCGGUUGAAUUGAGGGUACAUGGUGCGGGGAGAGACUCAAGGCAGGCAGACACACCAGCAGCUGCUGAAAAGUCCAAGCAUGAGGGCUCAAGUCAAUCUCCAGCUGAUGCCCAGGGCACUGACCCGGAGGAUCGGUCCUCUGGGUGUCCUUAUACAAAUAAACACCCUGUUCCUUCUUCCUGGGCACGGAAAGUCCUGGCACACUUGGGCCCCAGGCUGGGAGAGAAGGGAGAGGCCAGAGGAGGAAACCGAGGCUCCGUUCAAGAGAUGGCUCACUUCUCAGACCCUCUAAGAGACGACCUCAUGGCCUCAGCCACAUUCUCCUCCAGGCUUUCCCUUCCUCUCUCGCUGCCAAAUUGCAGGUCAGGGCCAGAGGUGCCUCCAAAGGCCCCAAGCCUCCGUGACCCUGGCUCGGAGCCCCAGAGGCGCCUUUGAUGUCCCUGCCUGGGCUAAGGAUGACCUGGUCAAUCCUUCUCCAUUCCUGGAAGCCCCACUGAAAUGUCGCCUCUUGGGGAAGCCUUCCUGAGCUGUGGACUCUUGUCUGCUCAGUGGCACAUUUCUCAGAUGCCCCUGGUAUGGAGGCGACCCUGUGCCCAGGGAGGGCCAAUUCUGGACUCUCUUCCCAGCUGGCAAGUUUGGAAUUCAGGCCCUGCUGUGGAGCCUGGCCCAGCCUGGCUAAAUUCAGGCAGGCUGGCACCAGGGUAGGGGUAGUGGUGGGGACUUUCUGGUCACAGCAGCCCCUAACUCACAGGAGGCUUCUGCCUGUGUCCUGGGACGGAGAGAAAGAAUACAUGGAUUGGAGGGCCGAAUUCCAUGUGUCUGUCUCUCUCGUGUUCAACAGACUCAGAGCUGAAGGGUUAAGCUCAUU